CUCUUUCUCAUAUGCCGUAGAAGAUGGCAGUGAACGUGUACUCAACCUCAGUCACUAGUGAUAACCUAAGUCGACAUGACAUGCUGGCCUGGAUCAAUGAAUCUCUGCAGUUGAAUCUGACAAAGAUUGAACAGUUGUGCUCAGGGGCAGCUUAUUGUCAGUUUAUGGACAUGUUGUUCCCUGGCUCCAUUGCCUUGAAGAAAGUGAAAUUCCAAGCAAAGCUAGAACACGAAUACAUCCAGAACUUCAAAAUACUACAGGCAGGUUUUAAGAGGAUGGGUGUUGACAAAAUAAUUCCUGUGGACAAAUUAGUAAAAGGAAAGUUUCAGGACAAUUUUGAAUUUGUUCAGUGGUUCAAGAAGUUUUUUGAUGCAAACUAUGAUGGAAAAGACUAUGACCCUGUAGCUGCCAGACAAGGUCAAGAGACUGCAGUGGCUCCCUCUCUUGUUGCUCCAGCUCUGAAUAAACCGAAGAAACCUCUCAGCUCUAGCAGUGCAGCCCCACAGAGGCCCAUUUCAACACAGAGAACUACUGCAACUCCUAAGGCUGGCCCAGGGGUGGUGCGAAAAAAUCCUGGUGUGGGCAACGGGGAUGAUGAAGCAGCCGAAUUGAUGCAGCAGGUCAAUGUGUUGAAACUUACUGUCGAAGACUUGGAGAAAGAGAGAGAUUUCUACUUUGGAAAGCUAAGGAACAUUGAAUUGAUUUGCCAGGAGAAUGAGGGGGAAAAUGACCCUGUGUUGCAGCGGAUUGUAGACAUUCUCUAUGCCACAGAUGAAGGCUUUGUGAUACCUGAUGAAGGAGGCCCACAGGAGGAACAAGAAGAGUAUUAACAGCCUGGACCAGCAGAGGCACAUCCGAAUUCUUCACUCCAAAUCAUGUGCUUAACUGUAAAAUACUCCCUUUUAUUAUUCUUAGAGGACUCACUGGUUUCUUUACAUAAGCAAAAAGUACCUCUUCUUAAAGUGCACUUUGCAGAAUUUUCACUCCUUUUCCAAUAAGUUUGAGUUAGGAGCUUUUCCCUUGUAGCAGAGCAGUAUUAACAUCUAGUUGGUUCACCUGAGGAGCAAAGAGGCUGAGCAUGAGGCUCCCGUGUGGAUGCUGGUCACACUGAGGCUGGAGAAGGAGUUUUAUGUAAUAGCUGAGGUGGUGACCUCAGGAGAGAAAUGUAAAGACUGAAUUGAAUUUUAAACUAAUGUGAAGUCUUGGCAGAGAACGUUUUAAUAAAUAAAUGCCUUAAGAGUAUUUAAAAA